UCGAUAGCGGCAACUCUGUGACGGACUACAGUCGACUGUCUGCCACAGUCGGUGCCCGCCGUUCGUGCUGUGUGUGGUGUUUAUCGACACGGGAGAUUAAUUAGUGAUAUACGCGUCAGAAAGGCAUACGCGCGCGCGCGCGCGCGCAGCCAGACGAGCCAAAAUGGCUAAUUGUCAGACUGGUUGGUGCAGCAGAUUUCUCUCCUCUUCGCGUCGAUGAUACAAGCGAUCCCCGUAGUGCCUGUGAACGAUGACUUCGGCGAGCGCGGAGUAUUUUCACAAACGUCAGACUCACCGAGUCAGGAUUGUUGACGGAGGGAAGAAAAGGAAGGACAACGAAUGGCGAGAUCGGAGAGUCGAAAUCGCACGUGAAUCCAUCGCGAUGGGAACACGCUGCCGUUGUUGGUGCUGGCGCGUAGAUUAAUUUAUUACGCACCGCUCCGAGAAACACGCGUUGCUCCUCUUCUCCGCACCCCCUUCCCUCCCCCCGUAUCUCUCCCCCGCGACGUGCGUGUCGGUCGCUCGGUCAGCUUAGUCGCGGAACCUCUGCCGCCCUCCCUUCCUCGCUCCCACGUUCUCCCUGCUGCGUGCACUCGCUCCAACUCGCUCGCACGGGAGUGCACGGGAGAGAAGUGAUGCAUAGAAAAUCUCUUGGAUGGUACGCGCGACACGUGUCUGUGUAUUGGGGGUAUAGACGUCGACGGCGACGACAGGUCGAGGCGGUGGCGGAGAAACAGGAGGAGAUGUGCAUACAUACACACACACGCGUAUCGGAGUAACGUUUACGCGUGUGUUUGUACGCGCGCGCAUUGUCAGAUGCAAUAUUUAUCUCCCCUGAUAGUAUCUUUUCCCGAUAAUACGCGGACCUGAUAUAUACACCGUUGCAGCGUGACGGCGACGUGACACAUAUACAUGCGCGCGCGGGCGCUCACAUAUACAUAUACACACAUACAAACGAGCGUGUACAGUGGCCAUAAUGUCAUCCCGAAGGCUGCUUAGUAAUUUACAAAGGGUUCGCUCUUCUGUGAAGUACGGGUAGUGUACGACACGCUUUUCCAGGCGAUACCUGCCGCUUCGGACUUUGCUGUUGGCGUGUGAGAACAGGUGCCUGUGCUGGUAGACGGCAGUCCACACACACACACACACGCACGUAUACACGGUGCUCGCUCUGUGUGUGUGUGUGUCUCUCUCUCUCUUUCUCUCUCCAUCUCUUUCCUUCUUGCGGUGCCCUGAGACUCACCACUGAGCAGCAUGGCUUCUGGUGCAUCCUCCUUGGACAGUGCUGGGAGCAGCGAUGGUGCACUUAACAUGGAGGGGGAUAGUGGAAGCUAUGGCAGUGUUGGAAGCCCAGUUGGUGGCCCCGAAUGUCGUAGCGACUAUGACGGUUUGCAGGCUCAAUGUGAUCAGGCGAUGCAUCAGCUUCAGCUACUUAGGCAUAAGCACUCCGAUACCAUAAGACGGCUAAUUAUAAGGGCUUGUAAAAAGAAGUCUGUAAUGCACAGGUGUGAGAUUACUAUGAAAGAAUUGGAGUAUUAUCGGGGGCAACAUAUAGCAGUCAUGAAUCAACUAGAAGCCACAUCGCAAGAAAGCUCUUCGUUACGAGCAAAAUAUGGUGAUCUGGCAAACGACAAGCAACGGUUGGACCGGGAGGUCCAGUCACUGCAGAAAGAACUUUCGGAAUUGCAGCGCAUGCAGAACCAAGAGGUACUCGUCGCCGAUGCUACGGGUAACGAUGCUAUGAAUCAGCACUAUCUGUCGGCGUUACGAAAAUACGAAGCUGUUAAGGACGAAUACGAUUCCCUCAGGAAACGAUACGACGACCUUAUUGCGUCUCAUUCUUCCGCCGUUAAUAAGCUAGAGUUAUCGCAAGAGGAAGCAAAGAGACUAAAGAAGCAGUACGACAGCGUUCUAGAGGAACGUAACAGUGCACUCCGCGAACGCAACGGUUUGAAACAGCAGUGUACCGCCGCGAUUCGCCAGUGGGAUAUCGCAUUAAGAGAGAGAAACGAGUAUCGUGAAGCACUCGCAAAGGUACAGCAACAGCACGAGGAAGCGGUCAAGGAGAUCAAUCAGGCGAUGAUGCUGCGUAUGAAGGCCAGCAAGGAUAUGAAACGUCUCACAGAAGAACGAAAUGCUGCCCUGCAGGAAUACAGCUUGAUCAUGGGAGAACGAGACACGGUACACAAGGAAAUUGAGAAGUUAGGUGAUGAUCUCACGCAAGCGUACACAAAAGUCACGCAUUUGGAAACGCAGAAUAAGCAGCUUGUUGAGGAGAAGAAAACGUUGUCUUAUCAAAUCGAGACUCUAAAGAGAGAGAUCUCUUCCGCUUUGCAAGACAGAGACGACACUCUGAAGUUGUGCAAUGAAUUACGGCAGAAAUUCGGCGAUUACUCCGAAGGUUCUAGCAGAGACUAUAAGCAUCGUUUGGAAUUAAACUCGCUCAGUCACGAACGCGACAGUGUCAGCAAGGAGGCCGAAAAGGAGACUAACACGAGAGAUUACGCGACACGAGAUAAGCAACGCAUGGAUAACUUGGAGCAAGCUAAUUUGGAGUUGGAUAAACUCAGGAAAUCCGUGGAUACUCUUCAAGCGGAGUUGGAGGAGGCCAUUCAAGAGGCCGAGGUGUCUAAGAGAAGAAGAGAUUGGGCCUUCAGUGAGCGCGACAAGAUAGUGUUGGAACGUGAAAGCAUAAGAACUCUGUGUGAUAAAUUACAGAAAGAGCGCGAUCGUGCGGUCUCUGAAUUGGCCGGUGCCUUACGCGAUUCCGACGAUAUUAAGAAGCAACGAAACGAAGCGUCGAAGGAAUUGAAGGAUUUGAAAGAGAAAAUCGAAUUUGGCGACCAUGCAUUGCGAACUAGUCAGCUGGCACAGAUUGAUGAUAGUAAUGACUGGGAUAUGAUUCCAAUUCACGUCGAACCCGGUAGAAUCUGCUUGGAUUCAGAUCGUGGUGACUUGGGACUGAUUCUCGUCGGCGGCCGCGACAGCCCGUAUUAUCCGAACGAUACUGGCGUCUACGUCGCGCAGGUGACACAGGGUAGCGCUCUCGAUGGUAAACUACGGGUGAACGAUUGUAUUGUGCGAGUGAAUAAUGUCGAUUGCACGUCUGUGUCGACCCGUGUGAUCUUAGAAACUCUGCGCUCGUCCACCGUGAAUCCGGCAACAUUAAUCGUAAAGCGGCGACGGAUAACCAGGCGAUCAUUGAGAACUACACAGUUAUCGGUCGGCACAGUGCCACAUGGUAUUACUUUAGAACUUGGCAUCUACAUUUCAAAAAUAUCGCCCGGAAGUUUGUCUGCUAAAGAUGGAAACCUUGCUGUAGGAGACAGGGUAUUAAACAUUAAUAGUAAACCCAUGGACAUUAUAACCACAGCACAUGAAGCGAUGGCUAUUCUAAACGAUGAUACUGUAGAUGUAUUAACCAUUACGACGUUGAAAGGUAUUCCGGUACCCUCCGCUGCCAGCUCGGAGACGGUGACGAUAGACGGCAGUUUUGUUGCGGAGAAACAAAAGAUGGUAAAUAGCUGUUCGCAAACUGAACAGGAGAGAAUGAUGCUGAAAGCCUCAUCAGAUGAUUACGAGAGACGAUAUCUGUCAACGAAUUUCGCUGACCGUAACGUCUAUAAGGCUGCGAAAUCUGUGAGCGGCGAGAAAUCGAGUGGAAUCAGCAAUGCUUGGGAUAACUUUAGAGAGAAGAUUGACAUAGUGCGUGGUCGCAAACACAGCAAGGAGCGCGACGAUAGCAAGAAGAAGGGCCAUCGCAAUUCUAGUCCGAAUACCUUUGAGCAGGAACAGGACGCCAUAGCGGAAUUGGAUUCGGUGAUCGACAGCUACCACAAGAAGGCGAGCAACAGCAACAACGGCGUGUUGAAGCGCAGCAAGCGCCGUGGCACUGAGAAGAUUGAGAAGAACGGCGGCACGUGGCCGAAGGCGCGUGGCGGACCCCUCAUACAAAAUGGGACCGGUACUAUAUUGCACCCGCGCAAAUCGAAAGAACGUUUUCCUCUCAGUGUACUCCUGCAUCCACCAAAAUACGAUAAUUAUAAUUAUAAUCGUAUCUCCAACCCCAUCCCCCUGACCAAUUUUUCCAAUGUCAAUAAUCGUCAUACCGUUUACAAAGCAGUGGAGACCCCGCUACCGAGCUUCAAGACCGGACAGCUCUUUAACCAGAAGCCAUCGUUCACGCCGGCGGUGCAGUUCAAGGACAUUCCGAUCGACGGUGGCAGCAAGAAGCCGCCGUCGACGGAGUUCGAGAGCAGCACGUCGGAGGCCGGGCGACUUGGCUCCGCGCUGGCGCCAUCCGAGACUAGCAUCGAUUUCUCGGUCAAGUCCGGCGGUGCCGGUCGCGAUGUCGACUCGUACUUCGCGAACAAACGGCCGCAAAAGUAUACGACCGGCAGCAGUAGCGACACGCAGGUGACCACGGAUACGCUACAGCACAAUCGCGUUCACUCACAGCUCUACUCAUCGGGCAUCGGUGGUUCGUCCACGUCUGCCGCGUCAACCACCAGCGGGCCGACGUCGCGACAGCAAAUGGCACCUGGUAACUUUCCGUUUCCCUCGCAUCAUCCAUACGCCGCGUCGUCGCACCUGCAUCAUCUGCAUCCGCAUCCCACUCAGCACCAGAAUUCCUUGCCCUCACGUUAUCCCUCGCCACCGUCGCUGCCGUCCGCGCAAUCAGGCGAGUCCAUAGGUCUGCCUGACGCACGUACCUACUGUUUCGAGCCCCCAUAUAGCCCCGGACCUUCGCAGACGACCCCGACCACUUUCGGCCAUCUGCACACGCCCUCCGUAGAUCUGCACUAUCACAAGCCACGUGCACUUCCGCUCGGUAUACCCUGCGACACGUCUAUCUAUGGGCAUGGAUACGAAGGUGGCACAUUGCCAGGCCGGAAGGAAGACCAGCGCAUCCGUAUACCGUCCAACACCAGUGUCACGUCCAAGAGUAGUGUUGGCAAAUUGUCUACUGGCAGCAUAGAAAGAACUUCCGAGCGUGGCAGCCCGAUGCCGACGUUUCACGUAGAAGUGUUGAGCCCAGGCACCGGUAGUACUAGUGGGAUUGGAAGCAGCGGCGGUACUGUGAGAGGAAACAGUAGCAGCAACAAGCGCGCCAGUAUGCCAGACUACUGUUACUCGCAGCCACGGCCAGCACCCGGAGAAUUGCGCAGAGUCCAUAUAGACAAGUCCGUGGAGCCGUUGGGAAUUCAAAUCUCGUGCCUGGAGAGUGGUGGUGUGUUCGUCUCCACCGUAUAUGAACACAGCCUGGCAUCGCAAGUCGGUUUACAGAUUGGUGACCAAUUGUUGGAGGUUUGCGGUAUAAAUAUGCGAAGUGCGACCUAUCAACUGGCUGCUAAUGUUCUACGUCAGUGCGGUAACUCGAUUACAAUGCUGGUGCAAUACAGCCCGGAUAAAUACACCGAGUUAGAAGGCUCGGCAUCCUCGAGUUCGUCGGAAGCCGGCGACGGAGCCGCGACUGGAAGUCGUAGCGGCUCGCCAACACCGUGCAAUAGUCCAGAAGCACCUCGAAAGAGUACAGUGGAAACGUUGGAGCCCGCUGAACCUGAACGCGACGCAACCAUCACUAUCACCACCACUGCUCCUACCGUUACCACUACUGCUGCACCUACAAUGAGCACAUUGCGCGUCGAGCACAUGCGGCCAUCCGCCUCGCUGGAAGUAAGAAGCACACAAGAGCGGGAACGUGAAAUGAGACCCUCUGCGUCGUUGGACAUCAACAUUCGUAAACCGGAACUUCGCAGCGCUGCCACGCUGGAUCGAUUGAGUCGCGCACAAAUGAUGCGGCAAAACGCGAUGAGAAGUCCCACACAGGAGGAACAGAAUCGAAAGCCACCACCGAGUGCUGAGCCCCGGUAUCUACUGAUUGAGACCAGGAAAUGCUCGAACCUCGGUAUAUCAUUAGUGGGUGGGAACGGUGUCGGUAUCUUCGUACAUUCUGUUCAGCCAGGUUGUCUCGCUGAAGAAGCCGGUCUGUUUGCCGGAGAUAGAAUUCUGGAGUACAACGGCGUAGAUCUGAGACAAGCGACCGCCGAGCAAGCCGCGCUUGAGCUGGCUCGACCAGCGGACAAGGUGACGCUAGUCGCUCAAUACAUGCUAGAGCGAUAUAACGAAGUGAAAGACAAGCCAGGCGACAGUUUUUACGUGAAGGCGCUAUUUGACAGAACUGGCGAAGUAGGUGAUAGUCUGCAGCUACGAUUUAGUAAGGACGAUAUUCUUUACGUGGAUAAUACUAUGUUCAACGGCACACCCGGCCACUGGCGCGCCUGGAUAGUUGAUCAAACCGGUCGUAGGCAGACUUGCGGGAUAAUUCCAAGCAAAUUUAAGGUUGAAGAAGAAUUGCUCCUACGUCGGUCUUUGGGUGACUUGGAACAAGACACUGGCAAACGCAGCAAUACUAGUGCGAGAAGAAGUUUUUUCCGUCGAAAAAAACAGCAACAACGAUCGUCCAGUAGUAGAGAUAGUUGCAAGGAAAUAUCGCAUCUUACGGGAGUCAAUCUGGGAUGGUACAGCGACAGUGGGACGUUAAACGAAGACACUCUUCCAGCGAGUUAUCAGCGCGUCGAGAGACUCGAUUAUCCUACUCUUAGACCCGUGUUGAUCAUCGGUCCGCUCAGCGAAUGUGUGGUAACGAAACUUUUGCAAGAAUACCCGGGACAGUUUACCAGAUGUCUGGCAGAGGCGAUGCAUUGUUCGCAAUCGACUUUGGAGCAAGGAUUACGCGAUUCUCUCUAUGUGGAUUAUAGGAAAAAAGGCAGCUAUUUCGAAUGCACAACAGUCCAAGCCGUUAAAGAUAUAUGCGAGAAGAAUACGCAUUGUAUUUUGGAUGUAUCAAUGGCUUCCAUUGAGAGGCUUCAUAGACAUCAAAUUUAUCCUAUCGUCCUAUUAAUCAAAUUCAAGGAUAGGACACAAAUUAAAGAGGUAAAGGAUUCCAGAUAUCCAAGCGACAAAAUCAGUACAAAGGCUGCAAAAGAGAUGUUUGAACAGGCGCUCAAGAUAGAGGCAGAGUACAAGCAUUACAUUUCUGCCGUGAUUCCGGCGGGCGUAAGUGUGGCAUAUAUAUGCACACAGGUGAAAGCCUCAGUAGAAGAGGAACAGAGCAAAGCACUGUGGAUUCCUAGAGGAGGUCCCUGACACAAAAGGGGGGGUCCCCACAAGCCGCAGUGGAAGUCAAUCUAAAUUCCACCAGGGGGCCCUUACGUCGUGCAUAUUUGCGAAAAUUGUUGUGCAAAAUCAGUUCUUUUAUUUAUGGUCUCUUGAUUUCGGAAGAAGGAUAUUAUGCGCUUCACAGAUAUUUUUGCUUAACAAAGUAUCGCUCAAUUUGGUUGUGAUAGGACGAAUUCUUGCGAAUUAUUUUGUUUUAGCGCAUUUAACUCGUUGAAUUAUCAAUAUAAAACAGGUACGUACAAUAUCUUAUUUUUCGUCACGUUUCUUUCAGUUAUCAUUCGAAAAUUAUUAUUUUGCUGACUUUCAGUUAUACAAAGUUCUUUUCACAUUUAUCCGCAUCAGUAUGUCAAUAUAUAGCUCAUCUGUGAUCACUAUAAAUCUAUUGACUAAUCUAGAGAGAGAGAGAGAGAGAGAGAGAGAGAGAGAGAGAAGGAGAGAGAGAGAGAGAGAGAGA